AUGAAGGCGAGGUGUCAUCCGAGGCCAGCCCCCCCUCUCAGCCCCCUACCCCCGUCGACCCUGCCCCCCCAGGCGAGCCCAGGCCCCUCCCCGCGCCCCUGGUCACGUGACCCCGGCGCGGACCAACCACGGAGCGGCGGCGGCGCGGCGGCUCGGGCAUUCAAACACAUCUCUAUCACGCCGUCCCGCCCUGCCCGGCGCGGGCAUCUCGCAGUCCGCUCCCCGCGCCCUCGCCCGCACGCCCGCACGCCCGCGCCGCCAGAGAUGUGCUCGCCUCCGCCCCCCUCGCUCCCGUGUCGAUCGCCCAUCUCAUCUCCUGACAUCCUACAGCAGCUCAUCUCCCCACACCCUAUAGUAUCUCAUCUUCUCAGAUCCUACAGCAUCACUUCACAUCCUACAGCAUCUCAUGUCCCCUAA